AUGUCCUUGAGCAAAUGGUCGGCUAUUUUUCGACAUUGCGAGAUGACUACAAUUCACGCUUGGAAGAACUCAAGCACAAGCAGGCAGAACUUCAAUCUCGUGAAACUCGGGCACCAGCACCGCCGCGUGCAAGAAUAUUUGCUGGACGGAGGGCAAAUCAAAAAAAAGCCUGAAAAGCCUGAGGCAACUCAAACGGAUCCCAUGAGUCUGGAGCUGACUGCAACGUUGACGAGGGUAGCUAGUGAGCUAGAGGGGACCUUGACACGGAAGGUCUCAACUGGUGAAGUUGAGCCACCUCCAACAGAGGAAGCUGAUCUUGAUGAAAAUGAGAAUUCUGGAGAUGAGGAUGUUGAAGAAGAAGCUGACGACGUGAGCCAAGAAGAACAGGAGGAAGACGAAGCGGAAGAUGAUGAAGACGAAGAUGAAGAUGAAGAGGACGAAGCUGACGAAGAUGAAGAAGCGGACGACGUGGAAUCAGAUGUUGACAAAGUGGGAAAAGCAUCAGGCCGUGCACCAGCAGUCUCAGCAUCUUCAGCAGCUCCAGCACGAGCGGAUCCUUCAGCAGAUGCUCCAGCAGAUGCUUCAGUAGAUGCUUCCGCUCUUGAAGGAACCCUACGUCUCGAGCCUUCUGAAGAUGCGGCAGAACCGGAGUCAAGGCCGGACAAGACUGACCAAGAAGCCGCGGUCACAACUGCCCCAGCGGAUGCGGUCACAGAGGUUCCAGAACCUGAGCCAACCAAAAGCAAAAAAGGUAAAAAGGGCAAAAAGAAAGAUAAAGAAAAGACCGAGAAGAGGCCCAAGGCGAAGCCGAAAAAAGAAGUUCCUCUUCAACCGAAGCCCGUGGUACGACCUGGAAGUUCACCACCUGCGGUGAGUUCCCAACCAAAGGAACAAACUGCAAGGCCAGCCCCUAAAGCCAAGGCUCGAGUGGAAGAGGAAGGAAUGUCUUGCGUACAAACUCUUGAAAUGGGCUUGGCUGUACGCAAUGCGAUUUGCAUCGGAAUGGAAGUUUGGACCGUUGACUGGGCCGGAAAUGUCACGGUGAGAGAACGCGACGAUGCCACGAAAGUGAGAUGUGAAAUUCCCACGAACCGAUUUGUUUGGAGCAUGCUGCACAUGGAGCCGCACUUGAUGUGGAUGGGGCAGGAGGCGAUGGGCAUUUCGCUUUUUGACACCAAACGGAAGGAAUUUAAGGGGUCAUUGAUUGGUGGCCACACGGGUGGUGUCACUUGCCUGGCUUCUGGAGAUGCUCUCGAUGGAGCGGAGGUCGAGAAGGGUGCAAUCCCCCGGAGGCGGGCUUGGAGUGGAAGUAACGAUUUUACUAUUCGACAAUGGACGAUUGAAACGUGGCGAAGCAAAGAGGCAAAACCGGAACAUUUGAAGGAUUUGAAGGAUGCAUUUAUCGUUGAUAUUGGGAAGUUCAAGGUAGCCAUCUCCAAGGGCCUGCAGAUGUACGGCCACAAGAACGGUGUACGGUGUUUGAUUCGCAUUGGCCCUACACUAUGGUCAGGCUCUGAUGAUGGCAGCAUCCGAUUGUGGUGCACAGCGACAGGCAACUGUAACGAGACGGUGGACAAGGCGCAUGGAGGAUCUGUUUUAAAGCUUGCGGUUGUUCGAUCCUUUAUAUGGUCCUCCGGAUCUGAUGGGUAUAUCCGAGAGUGGACGAUCGGUGGCCCUGUCCGUGAGUGUGUCCGCCAAAUUGCGCCGGAGGGCUUCGACAAAGGUGCUUAUGCCAUUGUUCCUUUGGGAUAUGAUGUUUGGACAUGCGGACAUCACCCGAACAUCCAAGUCUUUUCCCAAGCUGAUUUCUUCAAAACAGCUGAGCAUCCUGCCCACGAGCCUUAUGUCUCCAACCUGCUCACGGUGGAUCGAGUUGAAACCAAAAUCGUGUGGUCCACCUCCAUUGGGGACAAAAAGCUGAAGGUUUGGCGUCACACAAUCCGCGGCGAAGUGCCGAAUUUCGAUGAGCUCAAAGCAGCAAAUCGCCUUUUUGAAGAGGAAGAGGAGGUCCGGGCAAAGCGACUGGACGAGUUUGUCAAAAGACAAUCAGUCUUGGAGGACGAGCUUGCAGUUUCAGCUCAAGAGUACAAGAACCAGUUGGAGGCGCUUGCAAAUGACUUGGCAAAAUCAAGGGCCAAUGCAGAAGAGCUCGAUGCAAAGUGCAAAGCGCUGGAGGAAGAACUUGCUGGCAUCAGACAACUUUUUGAAGAGAUGGGUCUAGGCAAACUGAUGGAAGAUCCGGAGGCCCUGGCUGAUUUUCUUCGUCGAGGGCAAGCUCUGGAAAAGAUUUUCAAAGACCUGGGUUUGGAGAACUUCCUGGAGAAUCCUGAGGAGCUCCGCAAGGUGCUGGAGGCUUUCGCCGACCUCGGCUUAGACGACUUACUGAAGAAUCCAGAGGAGCUCAAAAGGUUUCUGAGCUCUGCGAAAGAGUUGAAAGAGAUGCUCGAGGCAGCCGGCUUUGGGGAUGUCUUCAACGAUCCCUCCAAACUGGAGGAGCUACGAAAGCAGCUGGACUUGCUCAAACAGGUUAGAGAGAUAUUCGAGAAAAAUGGCUUGGGUGAUGCUUUUAAGGACCCCUCGCUACUGGCAGAGGUGCUCUCUCGCUACGAGGGCUUGCGGAAAGCCUUCGAAGAGUUCGGCUUCUCGGAACUCUUCGAGGACCCGUACAACCUCAAGGGUUUUCUUCGCAACUAUGCCAAGCUGCGGGAUGCCUUCCGCGAACUUGGUUUGGAGUAUCUCUUGGACAGUGCAGCUGCUAUGAAGGACUUUCUGGCGGGGCACACUUCCGGGGAGAAGGAGCUUCUGGACCUUCGAGCAAAAGCUUCCAGGCUCGAUGAGGUAGAAGACAGGCUGAAGAGACGAGAAGACGAGUUGGCCAGGGCCAAGGAAGAGGCCAAGCAGCUGCGAGAGAGGCUGGCGGCCUUUGAAGCCGUUGGAGAUUUGGAUUCCAUCAAGAGAUGGAAGAGCGCCCUCCCGGCUCCCUUCAGCCACCACCUGGUGACAACCAACAAAACAAAACGCCAGGAGGCUUCGCAGCUCUUGGCGCUGAUGCGUGCCAAGGGGAACGCGGAUGGUGAGCUUGCUGAGCUUCGCCGCCAGCUUGAGGAGAAGGAGCGUGAGCGACAAGAGGCUCUCGACAGAGAGCGUCUUAUGGCAAUCAAGUACAAGGAGCUGGACAUUUUCAAGCUGGACAUCAUUGCUCGUGAGCUGAAAGCACUGGACACUGAGCUUGGAAUGGUGGGGAAGGAGGUGAUGUCUGGAUUUGUCUACGAGGAGGCGCCAGACCAUGGCUCUUCCAAAGCUGCACGGCUCCGGCAAGCGGACCGCUGGGAAGUGAAGAGGGACGGAUGGGAAGAAGUGACCCAUGACGUGGGUCCCACGGGAUGCCAUAAUUUGGAAGAGUGGCUCGUUAAUGCGCGGCUGGAGGGUGUCCUGGUGCAGUCUGAGGAGGUGUUGGCAACUGGGCGGCAGCUCGGGGACCAGGCUUUCAGCAGGUUUGUGGCAUCUUUGCUGUCUGCUUCUGUGGAGUUUGCCAGAAGACCACCGCUUGAUGGCUUGCAUACAGGAAUCCGAAUCCAGCACAUUGAUUUGUCAGGCAACUGUCUGACUGACACUGCUGCAGCUGCCUUGGCAGAGUGCUUGGCAUGGAUACGUGAACACUUCGGUGGUCACGUCUUAAGGUCCUUGCACUUGUCCCAGAACCAAAUUGGUCCAGGAGGAGCUGAGGAGCUCGCCUUAAAGUUUUUUCCACUGGACUCCAGUCUUGUGGAGUAUGAUUUGGCUUUAUCUGCAAAUCCGCUGGGCGACGUUGGUGUGACCUUGGUGGCAAGGGCCGUCCAGAGGAGAAACUGCAAUGCAGUUUUGCAUCUGAGUGAUGUAGGAUGCGGAGCGGAGGGUUGUAGAUCAUUGACAGAUUGCCUCCCAGCACUCAAGGGUCUUGAUUUGAGCAAGAACAAUAUUCCUGGAGCGGAACUGCAAGCGCUGGCGGCUAAGCUGCCAGCAACUGCACGGUUUGUGCUGCCUGAAGGCCUGCCCGCUUCCCAGACGAUGGUGGCAACGCAGAUGACGAUGGAAAGGGCUGUGGUGCCAGAGAACAGAAAGGCGGCAGCGGCAGCUAACGCGGUUCCACGGGCUCAGGCUGUCCUAGACCGUGCCCGCCGGGCUUUGGGAAAACCGUCUGAUGCGACACCUGCCCCAGCAGCACCUGGUGCAAGAGGUGCAGGUCAUGACACACACUCCGUCAGCAUUGCCAGCGGAUUGCAGGCUACAAUAGACAAUCAAAUGUUCACACGUUCCAGAGCCCCAGUUGUGUGUCUUGCUCCAGAUGGAGGGAUGCUUCAGAGGCAGCACUCCCCUUCAAGAGUUUCUGCCACAGCGCAGGCAGUUCUUGAUCGUGCGCGCCAUGUACUGCAAAGGCAGGCUGCAACAGGUGUGUUGCCAAGAACUUCCUCCACGGCAUUUCGCAGUGGGGCUUCUGUGGCUCCACCACAAGCAACCAUGGAGGCAGCGCCAAGUCCACAGCUGCCAGAAGGAAACAUGGCUCAGAACGUCACAGAGUUCAGAACACAAGUCCCAUUGGCGGCUGAAACAAAGAAUUCAGAGUUGCCAAAACACGGGGCUCUCGGAACUCUCGGAGCUCUGAGCCAAGAGCAACCGGCAGAAUUGGCAUCAGCCACAUCAAGAUUGGCUUCCGCUACAGCGGCACUUCAACUUCAGCUUGGAGUGGAGAGGCGGCCCAGACAAGCUUCCGAGGGUGAACGACUGGUGCCAGACGAGUGUGAGCCCGACGCUGAGGCCCUCGCUAUGCCAGAGCGCACGGUACGCCUUGAGCGAGAAGUCGCUGAGCUGAGGGAGGAUGUUCGCAGGAUUGAGCACACUGUUUCAUCCCUGCAGAUUGAACCGGAGCAAGAGGACAGGAUUGAAGACAAUGCUGAGUUGCUCUGGUGUGAAGGGUUGACAUCAAAGAUCAAGCCUGAUUGCGAUAUGGAAGAAAAGAUGAAGCAGGAAAAGGAGAACAAUGAAGGCUCAAUUGAGGAGGAUGAUAUUUGCUCAAUGCCAAGCAUUGCCUCUUUGAAAGCAGAGAAGGACUUAAGGGAGUCUGAGAGCCUGCCAAGCAAAAGAGACCUAAGCCCAUUGAAGAGUGAAACAAAACCAUCCAAGGGCCCUCCAAAGGGAAAAGGUAAAGGUCCUCCUUUACCUUCUUCGAGCCCGAAGGCCUCGCCGUCCAGACCAAAAGAUGAGGCGAAUCCGGAGCCCAAAGAAGAGGCUAAAUUGCAAGAUCCAUCAGCUCUGCAGACUCCGCAGGUGGCUGGAAAGGGGAAAGGCAAGGCGAAAGGCGGUCCCAAAGGUGUUCCCAAAGGUGGGCCAAAGGGAACCGGAAAGGGCGGUCCCAAAGGUGGUCCUCCAACAAAGGGAGGAGGACCAGGCCCUCCUCCCAAAGGCGGUCCUCCAAAGGGCCUGGGGCCCGGCCAAGGCCAAGGACCGGCCAAGGCUGAAAGCAAGGCACCAUUUCACAAGAAAUUGUACUGGAAGCAAGUUGACAUUGCAGAUGCUGAAGGGACCAUCUUCAGUGAGGAGAGUAGACGCAGGGCAAACACAUGCAGUGCGAUAGAUUUCAAUGCGCUCUCCAAAAUUCUUGAAGCUGAGAAGACCAAAGGUUCUCAACUUCAGCGUCGCUCUUCUGGCGUUUUGAGCAAGGCUCAGAUGCGCAACAUCGGAACAAAAGUUCUGAGCGACCAUCGAGCUCGCAAUAUUGCAAUCGUUUUAAAGCGAAUGCCAACCAGCACAACUGAACUGGUGCGUGUCCUCAGCAGUUUGCAAUGGGAGGACGAUCGCAUAAGCAGUGAUGACUUGGAGCAGAUUCUAGAAGCGAUUCCAACGCAGGAUGAAGCCAAGAAGCUUCGAGAGCAUAGCUCACCGGAGGCAUGCCAAAAGCUUCGAGAUGUUGAGCAGAUGGUCAUGCCUUUGACCCUGUUGAACCGAGCCUCAGCAAGAGUCAGAGUGCUUUGUAUUGCGCGCAAUGUACGCCUGCAAUUCAAGUCGACCAUGAGAAGCUUAGCCAGAAUUCGGGCUGCCUGUUUGGCAAUCCAGAAGUCUGGUAUGUUGCGUAAUGUCAUGUUGCUUGCGCUCCAGCUCGGCAACUUCAUCAACCACGGGGAUUCGACAAAGGGAGCUAAGGCGAUUGCCAUUGGCUCCCUUUUGGCCCUACGAGACUUUAAGUGCGGAGAGGGCAUUUCGACCUUGCACUUUCUUUGUGCAUCUUUGAUGCGGUCGGGGCAACCCGAUGCUGCCCAAGUCCUUCAGCGCGAGCUACAGCCAGCAGAAAGAAUAGCAAAGAUGCAGGUUCAGGGACUGUCAGCAGGGAUGAAGGCCUUCGAACGUGAUCUCGACAGCAUCAAAUCAGAGUGCCGGAACUAUCUAGAAGAGUAUGAAGGAGGCGGUGAUGAUGCAGUUGAGCCCGCGCUUGAUGAUGAUGCAAAGGAAUUCGGACAGGAGCUGGCAGAGGUCCAAGCAGCGGCUGCCGCCGCGGCCUGCGACAUGCUGGAAAGCCCUAGGAGACGGCAGAAGGAAGACGAAGAUGCUACCCGAUGGGUUGAGGACGUCAUGAAGAUUCGCGGCAGUGCUCAACGCCGGCUUCGGUGCAUGAGGUGUAUCAUUGAGAAGCUUUGCAGCCUGUUGAAAGCUGACAUGGAGUCCACGGCAGAACAGGUCCAUGCGACUUUGCGCUUCUGCGGGGUCCUACUGCCAAAGUCCUCCAAUGAGGUGCCAGUAGACCUGGAGGCACUCCUUUCCAACCUCUCCGAGUUCACAAAGGUGUUCAAAGAGCACUGGGAUGAGGUUAAAAAGAAUAUGUCGCGCUACCAGCAGCUUUUCAGUGACGGUGAAAGCGCAUCAUCCAGCGGCGCCCAGUGA